AUGGCUCUCUCCGUGGCUGCUCGAGCAGCGCGCCGCCAGUUCACAGCUUCAACGCAAAUGCGCAGGACAAUCGUGCCUGUAGCUUUACGACGACACCAAUUCCAAGCAUUCUCUACCUCUGCCACCAACCCACGACUUUCGCCGCUCACCAGUCAAACGAUCCCUUCAUCCCGCCGAACGGUAUACUCGACUUCUUUAGACGAACAUGGAGAACCGAACCCACGAGAUUUAUUCCAGCCUUUGGACACUUUCCCUCGACGACAUAUUGGUCCUUCGCCAGAUGCGGCCAAAGAGAUGUUGGCUGCACUCAGUCCGCCUGCUGCAUCGCUAGACGAGUUUGUUAAACAGGUCCUUCCCGCCGAUAUCCUCUCAAAGAAGGACCUCGUUAUUACACCCCCUCGAGUCCCCGCUGCGACCGAAGAGACUCUGUACCGCGACCCUAUCGACGGUGGACUUGGUGAGAGCGAUAUGCUCAAGUUACUAGGCGAGUAUCGCAAACAAAUCAGCACCGCGGGCAAAUCCUUUAUUGGUGGUGGUUACUACCCGACUGUCGUUCCACCCGUGAUUUUGAGAAAUGUUUUGGAGAAUCCGGCUUGGUAUACCAGCUAUACUCCCUAUCAGCCUGAGAUCAGUCAGGGUCGAUUGGAGUCAUUGUUGAAUUUCCAGACUUUGACCACGGAUCUUACUGGUUUACCCGUUGCAAAUGCCUCGGUGCUGGACGAGGGUACUGCUGCGGCAGAGGCUAUGACCAUGUCAUUGGCUACUGCGCCAAUGGCGAAGCAGAAGAAAGCUGGAAAGUCGUUUGUGAUCUCGCAUCUCUGCCACGAGCAGACUAUUGCAGUUAUGCAGUCUCGUGCUGAGGGAUUCGGAAUUAAUCUGGUCAUUGGAGACAUCCUUGCGGAUGGCGCCAAGAUCGUCAAGGAGCAAGGCGAUAACUUGAUUGGUGUUUUGGCACAGUAUCCCGAUACUGAGGGUGGUGUUCUUGAUUUUGAAUCGCUCGGCAAGACGGUGCAUGAACUUGGUGGCACAUUCUCUGUUGCUACUGAUCUUCUCGCAUUGACCGUCCUCAAAGCACCUGGUGAGUUCGGUGCUGAUAUUGCAUUCGGUAGCGCACAGCGACUUGGUGUGCCUAUGGGUUUCGGUGGUCCCCACGCUGCUUUCUUUGCUACCACAGACAAGUACAAGCGUAAGAUUCCUGGUCGUUUAGUUGGUGUGUCCAAAGACCGAUUGGGCAACCGUGCUCUCCGAUUGGCUUUGCAGACUCGUGAACAGCAUAUUCGUCGCGAGAAGGCUACCAGCAAUAUUUGCACAGCUCAGGCCUUGCUCGCAAACAUGAGUGCCAUGUAUGCAGUUUACCACGGACCUCAGGGUCUCAAGGUUAUUGCUCAGCGCAUUAUGGCUAUGACUGCUUUGCUGCGUGAGAAGCUUAUCGGAUUGGGAUACAAUGUCCCUGUCCGUAGCAACACCGGUGAUGAAGGAGUUCUCUUUGACACACUCACCAUCGAGCUAGCAGAUAGCGCUUCAGCAGAGUCUCUUCUCGCAGCUGCUAAGUCCGCCAAGAUCUACUUCCGCCAAGUUGGACCAAACAAGAUCGCCUUGUCUCUAGAUGAGACCGUCGGCAAGAGCGAGCUUCGCGAGAUUCUGCAGAUCUUUGCUCAGUCUUCAAAGACCGGCGAUGUCACCAUCGACACCGCCAUCUCACCUGUCUCCGUACCAGCAAGCCUAGAGCGUACAUCUGCCUAUUUGACUCACCCUGUCUUCAACACUUACCACUCCGAAACCGACAUGCUACGUUAUAUCCACCACCUCGAGUCCAAGGAUCUGUCGCUGGCUCACUCCAUGAUUCCUCUCGGAUCUUGCACCAUGAAGCUCAACGCCACCACCGAGAUGAUUCCCGUCUCUUGGCCUGAGUUCUCCCAAAUCCACCCCUUCAUGCCCGCUGAUGCAGUCGAGGGAUACACCCGGAUGAUUGAUGAUGUUGAGCAACAGCUUGCCGACAUCACAGGAAUGGCAGAAGUUACCGUUCAGCCCAACUCUGGUGCUCAGGGCGAAUUUGCCGGACUUCGUUUGAUCAAGAAGUAUCAAGAGUCUGUUUCUGGUGGACACCGCAACAUUUGCUUGAUUCCUGUGUCUGCUCACGGAACAAACCCAGCUAGUGCAGCCAUGGCCGGUAUGAAAGUCGUUACUAUCAAGUGCGACACCAAGACCGGUAACCUCGAUAUCGAAGACUUGAAGGUAAAAUGCGAGAAGCACAAGGAUGAGCUUGCUGCCAUUAUGAUCACAUAUCCCAGUACCUUUGGUGUCUUCGAACCUGGUGUCAAGGAAGUUUGCGAUAUCGUGCACAAGUACGGUGGUCAGGUAUACAUGGACGGCGCCAACAUGAAUGCCCAGAUCGGUUUGUGCUCUCCUGGUGAGAUUGGUGCCGAUGUGUGCCAUCUCAACCUGCACAAGACAUUCUGUAUCCCUCACGGAGGUGGUGGUCCCGGUGUCGGUCCCAUCGGUGUCGCUGAGCACUUGCGUCCCUUCCUCCCCUCUCACCCGUCUAGCGAGUACUUGCAAGCCAAGCGAUCCGACUCCACCGCUUCGUCUCCAAUCAGCGCCGCUCCCUGGGGUAGCGCCAGUCUUUUGCCUAUCACAUUCAACUACAUCAACAUGAUGGGCGCCAAGGGUUUGACGCACGCCACCAAAAUCACUCUUUUGAACGCAAACUACAUCCUCGCCCGCGUCAAGGACCACUAUCCUAUCCUGUACACUAACAACAAUGGCCGCUGCGCUCACGAAUUCAUUCUUGAUGCGCGCCAUUUCAAGGAAACCUGCGGCAUCGAAGCCAUCGACAUCGCCAAACGUCUCCAAGACUAUGGCUUCCAUGCACCCACCAUGUCCUGGCCCGUCGCCAACACCCUCAUGAUCGAACCCACCGAAUCCGAGAACAAGGCCGAACUUGACCGUUUCUGUGACGCACUCAUCUCCAUCCGUCAGGAGAUCGCCGCUAUCGAAAAGGGCGAACAACCACGUGAAGGAAACGUGCUCAAGAAUGCGCCUCACACACAACGCGAUCUGUUGUUGGGUGACUGGCAACGACCAUACUCUCGCGAAGCCGCUGCGUACCCGUUGCCGUGGUUGCUGGAGAAGAAGUUCUGGCCUACAGUCACACGAGUCGACGAUGCAUUCGGCGACCAGAACCUCUUCUGUACCUGCGGCCCCGUCGAGGAUACAGCAUGA